UGCCCGAGCGAGGCCGUGCGCCACUGUUCGCGAUCUAGCGCUGCGAUAAUACAUAACACGCGGAAUUGUGUUUGUGCAGUGAUUGUUCGGACCUUAUCUGCUUGUGGUAGAGGCGGAUUUUGUGUCUGUGUAUGUCGACCUUGGAGAACACUGACGUCGAUACCGAGUCCGGCUCCGCCAGGCCGCGCCGCCCCGACCGCGCCGUGUACGUGCCGCGAGCACUGCGCGCGCCCGACGCCGACGACGCCCGGCCGCCGGACACCCGGCCACCGGACGCCCGGCGCGCCGACAGGAGCCCCCGCUCGCCCGCGCCGCGCGAGCCGGCGCCCGGCACGCCCCGGCGCGCGCCGCACAAGCAGUUCUGCAACGUGUACACGCCGCCGCCCCUGCGCGACAAGCCCGCGCCCGCCGAGCCCCCCGGCGACGCCGCCGGCGACGGCAGCUUCAGAGUAGCGGCCGACGGUGACAAUUUCUAUAUAGGAGAUUACUUCGCCAACGGCCAGUUAGGAUUCUACAGGCCGACCUUUUACGACUACGGCUCGAACUACGACGAGAGCUGGGGCGCCAAUGAGUCCGGCGACCUGACCAUGGCCCUGCGCGACGCCCCGGGCGAGCGGCUCGACAGUAUCGACGAUAUCAUCGAUCGCGACUAUUUAUACCGCAAGGACGAGGAUGCGGAGGCCGACGAGUUGAAGCGAGCGUCCCAGGAGAUCAACCGAAGCGGCAAGCGAAUCAUAAAGCAGAGUUUCGACUCUGACGUCCUAGUCAUAUCCGACCCCGUCGAGGAGGCGCCCGGCCCCGAGAGAGCGAGCCCGGCGGACGGCGCCGCGGAGGCGGAGCCCGAGGCGAGCCGCGAGGCGCCGCCGGAGGCGCGCGCGGCGCUGCGGCGCGACGAGAACGACUGGGACGCCGUGUUCGACGACAGCGGCGAGUGCCUGGACCCGUCGCUGCUGGAGGAGCUCACGGCCACGGUGGGCCGCGUGAGCGUGAGCCGCGCGCGCCGCGACUACGCGCCCUACCGGCCCGGCGACGAGGCCUUCGCGCACGUGCUCGAGGUGUUCGACUUCCCCGCGGACUUCCACACCAACGACCUGCUGGCGAUGUUCAGCGAGUACAAGGACACGGGCUUCGAGAUCAAGUGGGUGGACGACACGCACGCGCUCAUCGUCUUCAGCAGCGCUAGAAUAGCGGCGGAGGUGCUGGCGGCGCCGCGCUCGCUGGCGCGCUGCCGGCCGCUGCACGCCGCCACGCUGGAGUCGCGCAACAAGGCCAAGAAGUGCGCCGAGUUCCUGCAGCCCUACCGGCAGCGGCCCGAGACGUGCACGGCGCUGGCGCGGCGCCUGGUGUCGGGCGCGCUGGGCGUGCGGCUCAGCACGGCGCCGCAGGAGCGCGCGGAGGAGCGCCGCCUCCUCAGCCGCGCGCGAGAGAAGAAGCGCCAGGCCGCGUUGCACAAGGAGGCGGCGUGGGACGGCUCGCUGGCCAACACGUCGCUGGACGCCUGAGCGCGCGCCCCGCCUUGACGGGGCCACCGAUGAAGCUGUCUACGCGGCACCCGCCGGCCGACCAGAACUGGGCCUUGCCAUUCCUUAAAGUAGUCAUAUUUUAGAAUGACCUUGAAGCCCUGAGCUUAAGGAAUGUAAUUCUGAAUUAAAACGCCAACAAUACUAAAAUAAUACUGCUGUAAGCGAUGCCGGAAACUGCAAUUUACUAAACAUAGUCUUCACUUGCAGGAAGUACCUUCUGGCACAUUUGAUGCCGCGCACCUGGUGUACUACUUUUUUUUUUCUAACUUGUCUUAUAAUGUAAACAAUCGUAUUUAAUUUGUAAGGCAAGUAAGAAACAAAAGACUUAUACGUACUUGGGUACGGAGCGUGAGUUGUCGCGUGACACUUUGACGAAGGCUAACCCGCGGUGGCAUCUGCGUAUUGCGUGCGACCAAUCACAAAUAGCCCUUUUUAUCAAAAGUUUUGAUUCGCCACUUGCAGGGCGCUAAUUUGGAUGCCACCGCGUACGCCUUAGUCUUACUUGAAUUCCUUUCAUUACUUCAAAACAAAUUACAAAAUACGCAUGUCCCGACGCAUUGUGGGUCUAGUCGUUUGGCUACUGCAACCUUACUAGCACGAAAAGUUCUAAGGCUAUAACGGCCUCUAAUAAAAUAAUAAUGGCAGGCAAAGCAUUCGUAGUGCGGGACAUUUCUGAAGGGCAUGUCCUGAUGUCGGAAGUCCCCGCUAUGUCGGCCAAUGGAAAUGCGCCCCAACAGAGAAUAACUCUGUGCUAGUACACAACUAUCAAAUGUGUCACGCGGUACUUGCUACGUGAAAUAUAUUAUAAUGUUAAGAAGCUCUCAAAUAGAUAUAUAUCUAGUAUAAUUUUACAUAGUCUAAAGAAAUACUACGAAUAGCUAUUUUUAGAAUGAUAUCUAGUUAAGUGGAAACGGGCAAGAGGUUUCGGACCGUAUUCUGUACGUACUAAGGUUUAAAAUAAUUAUUUGUGUGUGCGCAGCAUCGGCGUUGCGUAUUUAUGAUCGAACUUUUUAAAUUUUCUUAGUAUGCGAUUCGCACGCAAUCGAUAGUCGUAUUUGAUUUUUGUCCUUUAGAAUCUAGCGAAUAUUACGAAGUAAAACGAACCUUAUGUGUCUCGUUAUAAAGUCGUAAAUUCUGUACUAGUAAUAAUAAUCGUUUCAUUUUACUUCACGACGUAACACACUGCGAAUCCCAUGCUAAGAGGUAGAUAUAAAUAUAAUUAUGAUUACUAACGAAUUGAGUGAUAUCAACGAUAUUCAAUCAGAUCAUAUAUUUUAAACGAAUCGUCAUUAUGAGGAUAGUAAUUUGACAAUACACGAAUCGAAAUUAUUCUUGCCGAGUUACGAUAAUUCGACGAAUAAUAACGGCAGCGAUUAUUUUAUAUACAUUGAACGUAUCAAUGUGAAAGAUGCUUAGAAGUCAUGUAAUAAGUUAUAACUAAAGAAUCUGUCUAAGGAGACGUGUGGAAAAAAUAGCACUAAAUUUAUUUUCAUAAGAUAGGACUAUUUCGUGAUAUUAUUAUGUGAAACGAAACGAGAUUACAUUUUUAUAUCCUUGCCACUUGUCAAUUGUCUUGGGUAUACGAUGACUUUGUAAUAGCAAUUGUUUAUCGAAGCGGCGGGCGCGUCCGUCGAUGGACACCUUGUAUUUUAUAGGGAUUUAUUACAUUGAAAUUUAUAACAAAAUACAAAAUGGAAAUUUUAAUAAUUUUAGAAUUUUAACUUGCUAAACUUUAGUGUUGGAAUUUCGACCAUGAUGGCAUAUGAUUAUGAUCUUGAUUUAGAUUGAUCAUUGAACGAUUCAUAAUAUUGAUCUGAAAUAUUCAAUUAUUUUAUAACCGCGAACUUUAGUCUUAAUUUCUGACUAGCAUGAUACUCAUUAACACUAAAGUUGAUUAGAAUAUAAUUUUUAGUUACCUAAGUUUAGAAAAUGUGAAGUUUACGUGGACAUUUAACCGAAAAGAUUAAUGUCAACUUAAUUAAGAAACUGAUAAGUUUAUAAACAAACUUCCAACUGAUAGUUUUACUUAACGUUAAAUGUGAACGUGUGUUGAUUGAACUAUAUUUUAACAUCGCUUUUUUUUUCUUAUCAAUAAUAAAGUUAAACCUUCAAAAAAUUUAAAUGUAUAUAUAUAUUAUAUACAUUUUAUUUAUCUAUAUUUUCUUUAUAAAAUUUUGUAUGAGACAUUUUUAAAGAAUUUUCUAUAAAAAUAUUAAAGGAAAUUUCGAUUAAAUAGUAAAUGUACUAACACUGGCAGUAUCACCCCUGCUUGAAACACAUAGUUUGUGUCGGUAACCACACUGCAUGGUACCACUACAUAAGGAUCAAGUCGUAAGGACUCAAAAAUAACUCUAAGACUACGCAGUAAAUUGCAAUCCAGCUUUCGUGGUUUUGUUUGCCGUUUCAUUUACAAAAAUCACAUUGCUGACGCAAGCAAAUAUGUGCCGAAUUACAAGGCGCAAGAGUUUGGUUUCGUAUGCCGAUGUAUUUUAAAUUCUCGCCGGUAUGUAACGCGUGAAUAUCUGCUGAAGUAUUGUGUAAGGGGUGCUACUGUGCUUAAAAUUAAAUAAACCGAGUGAUUUUUUGAGCCAAAAUUACAUUUUUAGUAUAGGAACGGUGAGGCUUCGGCCGUGCCUAGUUACCACCCGACCCGACCAUACCGAGCUUAGCUUAGCGUCCCGGUACGAUGUCGCGUCGACAUCGAUUAGGGUAUGGGUUUAAUAUAACUGCAUACCCCUAACAGGUCAGCCCGUUACCAUCUUAGACUGCAUCAACACUUACUAUCAGGUGAGAUUGCAGUCAAGGGCUUGCUUGGAGUCGAAGAUAGAAGUAUGACUUUAUGGAAGUCCAUGACAUUCAUUAUGCACUACCUAUUCUUAAUUGGCUAAUCCACGUCAGCUUUAAAAACGUGCAUAGACAGCGUAUGUCGGGAGAUAUAAAGAUUAAAGAAAUGAUAAAUAACACCGGAUAUAUAGUAAUGUUAAAAGCAGUUGGGGUAAAUUUAUAUUACGAUGCCCAUCUCAAACAAUCACUCGGUAUAAAUAAAUUACAAAAGUGAUUAGAUGUCUCCAUCAUUGUUUUGUUCUCCUGUCUGUUUUUGUCGCGUUAGUAUGUAUUGUAAUACCAAAUAUUAGUAAGGCAUAAUAUAUUGUAAGUUAUCGCUCACUUGUGUUAUCUGAGAGAGCGCGUGCCGUCCUGAGGGGCUGUUUCAACGAACCUAGAAGUGUAAUGCUGCGUGAAUUCUACAUCUAUGAAAUAAAUGUUUUGUAGUUUCAACUUCUAUAGUGUAACUUUUCUGGCACAUUUCUGAAAUUAACUAUAAACCAUCCACCACACGCCUGUCACCUAGUUAGGCUCUAGCAGAAAUUUCUCUCGUUUUGUUAUUUGAGAUAGAUAAAUGUAUGUGCCUACUUCCGGCUUCUUCUUACAGCCGUGCCAAAAAUUUUACUAUGCUCAUUACUCCGUUUUCUGUUACCACCCUAUAGCUGCUGUGAAUACCGUGCCAAAUCCUUGCAGUGCGCAAUAGGCGUUUUUACGUGCCCAUACCGACGCGCUUUGUUACAAAACUUGGGCGUCGUGCCAACGCCCCCUCUGAACGGGCGCCUCUCGGCCACGUGUUCAGUUGUGAGUUCGUGCCUUUGCGUGUCUAGUCAGCAGCGGCUCCGGACCUCGCCCGCCAGUGCAUUGUAAUGUUAAGUUAGGGAAUUGCGAUUUUAUACUGAGCCUGUACAUUUUAUUGUCUUGAAAUGAAAGUGACUUUGUUAAAAUACAUUAUUAUAACUUGUAUUUAAGUAAUAUGUUAUUACAACGCUAUCUAAUUAAACUUAUAUGCCAAAGGGUUGGUGUAUAUGGCCAAGACAUUUUCAACUAUUAACAAAACAGUUGAUACUUUGAUUGUCUUUUUAGUCGCCAUAUUUGUUCUUAAAAUAUUAUUACGCCCAAAACUAAGAAAUGAAAACACAACUGAUCACCUUUUUUACCCAGUAAGGUUUCAAGCCAAUGGCUUUGUGGGAUUGCUGUCCAAAGCUCUACUGACCUCGCUGUCUUCCAAGAGAGUGAAUGGACAGCUGAAACCCAGUGGAAUGUAAACCUUACAGUUGUGCUAUUUAUAAAGAAGAAGUCACUUUUGUUUCGACGAUGCUGUCCACAAUUGCCAACCAAAUAAAUUCUCAAUCUCUAUGAUCUUGAAUAAAUAAACAUGUAAUAAACUGUGAUUUAUGCAAGCGAUGCGUAAACGAUA